CUGCCUGCCACCGCUUUGGAGAGAUAGAGCAAUGUCGAGCGGGGAGAGGGACACACACACAGGACUGAUAGCCAAGCACAGGACAGAAGAGGAGGGGCAAAGCAGUGUCUCUGUCAGGGUCUCGUCAUCACAGCAAAGUGUGCAUCACAGAGAGGUGACAGCAGGCUGGUCCCAGCUCAGCAGGCUGGUCCCAGCUCAGCUGCCUCUGCCGCUGCUGCUACCGGAGGGAAACCGCAGCCAAAGGGGAGGGCAGGAAGCUGCAGCCAUGGCCAGCCAGCAGGACUCGGGCUUCUUUGACAUCAGCAUCAAGUCUCUACUGAAGUCGCUGAGUGGAACCUCACCUGUGGGGAACGGAUACAGCAAACCUCCCAUCCCUUCAGUCAGCUGUCCUCAGGGAGAAAAAGGUCCCCCAGCCAUGAUGCCCAUUAGCAUCGAUCCAGAGAGCAGGCCGGGCGAGUACGUCCUCAAGAGCCUUUUUGCCAGCUUCACCACCCUGUCCGAGUGCAAGAUCCGCAUUAUCAUGGCUGAGCCGCUGGAAAAGCCGUUAACAAAGUCACUUCAGAGGGGAGAAGAUCCUCAGUUUGACCAACUGAUAAGCACCAUGAGCUCACUGGCUGAAUAUAGCCUUUCCUCCAUCCUGCGCACUUUAUUCGACUGGUACAAAAGGCAAAAUGGACUAGAGGAAGAGCUGCACGAGUAUCGACCAAGAGCCAACACAAAGUCCAAAAAUGAUGAGCAGCAGCGAGAUUAUCUACUUGAAAGGAGAGAUUUAGCCAUCGACUUCAUCUUCUCUCUUGUACUUAUAGAGGUUUUAAAACAGAUGCCACUCUACCCGGUUCUGGAUGGUUUGGUCAAUGAAGUCAUUAAUUUAGCCUUUAAGCACUUUAAAUAUAAAGAGGGAUAUCAUGGUCCCAACAUUGGAAACAUGCACACGGUAGCUGACCUCUAUGCUGAAGUCAUAGGAGUAUUAGCCCAGUCCAAGUUUCCUGCUGUGAAAAAGAAGUUUGCAACUGAGCUGAAGGAGCUAAGGCAGAAAGAGCAGAGUCCGUAUGUGGUGCAGAGCACCAUCAGCCUCAUCAUGGGGGUCAAGUUCUUCAGAAUUAAGAUGUACCCCGUUGAGGAUUUUGAAGCUUCGUUCCAGUUCAUGCAGGAGUGCGCUCAGUAUUUUCUAGAAGUAAAGGAUAAGGACAUUAAGCAUGCCCUGGCUGGUCUCUUCGUGGAGAUCCUGGUUCCUGUUGCAGCAGCGGUGAAGAACGAGGUGAACGUGCCCUGCCUGAGGAACUUUGUGGACAGCUUGUACGACACAACCCUGGACCUGUCCUCGAGGAAGAAGCACUCACUGGCGUUUUACCCACUGGUGACGUGUCUGCUGUGCGUCAGUCAGAAACAGUUCUUCCUCAGCAGAUGGCACGUCUUCCUCAACAACUGCCUUUCAAAUCUGAAGAGUCGAGAUCCCAAAAUGGCUCGUGUCGCCCUCGAGUCCUUGUAUCGACUCUUGUGGGUUUAUAUGAUAAGAAUAAAGUGUGAGAGCAACACAGCAACUCAGGGUCGUCUUAACGCCAUUGUAACAACGCUUUUCCCAAAAGGAUCUCGAAGCGUGGUUCCAAGAGACAUGCCUCUCAAUAUAUUUGUCAAAAUCAUUCAGUUUAUUGCACAGGAGCGACUGGAUUUUGCCAUGAAAGAGAUCAUUUUUGACCUUCUGUGUGUUGGAAAACCCUCAAAAGGAUUCAGCCUUAAUCCUGAGAGAAUAAAUAUCGGUCUGAGAGCAUUCCUGGUUAUCGCUGACAAACUCCAGCAGAAGGAUGGAGAGCCUCCCAUGCCGAACACCGGCUGCACUCUGCCCUCUGGGAACACGAUCCGGGUGAAGAAGACUUACCUGAGUAAAACCCUGACGGAUGAUGAGGCUAAAGUCAUCGGCAUGUCCCAGUAUUAUGUUCAUGUAAGGAAGGCUUUCGACAUCAUCCUCAGACACCUGGAUAAGGAAGUGGGGCGCUGCAUGAUGAUGACUAACGCUCAGAUGCUGAACAAGGAGCCCGAGGACAUGAUCACAGGUGAAAGGAAGCCAAAGAUUGACCUGUUUAGGACUUGUGUGGCAGCCAUUCCUCGAAUCCUGCCAGACGGGAAGUCUAAACCUGAGCUCAUCGACCUGCUCUCUCGACUGACGAUCCACAUGGACGACGAGCUUCGACUCAUAGCUCAGAACUCUUUGCAGAGCCUGCUGGUGGAUUUCUCUGACUGGCGCGAUGAUGUCCUGUUUGGAUUCACUAACUUCCUGCUGCGUGAGGUCCACGACACCCACCAAGGGUUGUUGGAAACAUCUCUAAAAUUACUGCUGCAGCUGCUCACACAGUGGAGGCUAACACUGGCUACAGUGGGAAAGAGUCAGCACUCUCAGAUUCACACGGCUGAGCUGCUGCAGUCCGGCGCUAGUCUAAAGGUGCCUACAGAGCGAGGUCCUCACUCCACCGUGCUGCAUGCUGUGGAGGGUCUGGCUCUCGUGCUGCUCUGCUCCUGCCAGCUGAGCACUCGCAGACUUGCCGUCGCUAUUCUCAAAGAGAUACGAAGUCUCUACAUGACCAUUGAACAGUCUGAGGAUGACGACAGACCGAUGAUCGAGGUGAUGGAUCAGCUCAGCCCUGUUAUCCUGAAGAGUUUUGUCAACGUUGCCGUUUCUGACACAGCCAUGCUGCCAGCUGGUCACCACGUGGACCUUCAGUGGCUUGUGGAGUGGAACGCGCUGCUUGUCAACAGCCCCUACGACAUCAGGAGCCCCUCACACGUGUGGAUCUUCGCCCAGUCUGUGAAGGACCCCUGGGUGCUGUGCGUCUACAGUUUCCUCCGACAGGACAACCUCCCCAGACUCUGCCCCACCGCACUCAGCUACGUUUGGCCCUAUGCCUUCACACGCCUCCAGAUGCUCAUGCCCCUGGUGGACCCAAACAGCCCAGUGUACGCAAAGAAGGCUGGCACGUCUAGCAGUGUGGAUAAUUACGUAACCCUGUGGAGGAACUACCUGAUUCUUUGCUUUGGGGUGGCCAAGCCUAGCAUCAUGAGCCCCGGUCACCUGAGAGCAUCGACACCUGAGGUCACGACUUCUACGCCUGACAGCAACGUCAGCCACGACAACAAGGUCACCGGGAGCCCAUCUGUGGCCUGGCUUCUGAAGCAGCUGGUUCCACUGAUGAGAGCGGAGAGCAUCGAGCUGACGGAGUCAUUAGUUGUGGGCUUUGGUCGCACUAAUUCGCUGGUGUUCAGAGAGCUCAUAGAGGAGCUACAUCCGCUCAUGAAAGAAGCUUUGGAAAGAAGGCCUGAGAACAAGAAGCGUCGUGAGCGAAGGGAUCUGCUGAGGCUUCAGCUGUUGCGCAUCUUUGAGCUUUUGGCUGAUGCAGGAGUCAUCAGUGACAGUACAAAUGGAGCUCUGGAGCGGGACACCCUCGCACUCGGCGCUCUGUUCCUUGAGUACGUGGAUCUAACUCGGAUGCUUCUUGAGGCUGAAAGUGACAAAGAUGCAGAAAUCCUCAAAGACAUUCGAGCUCACUUCAGUGGCAUGGUGGCUAACCUUAUCCAGUGUGUUCCAGUGCACCACAGGCGCUUCCUGUUCCCUCAGCAGAGUCUUCGACACCACCUCUUCAUCCUCUUCAGUCAGUGGGCCGGCCCUUUCAGCGUCAUGUUCACCCCUUUGGACCGCUACAGUGACAGGAACCACCAGAUCACAAGAUAUCAGUAUUGUGCGCUUAAGGCGAUGUCUGCUGUGCUGUGCUGUGGACCGGUCUUCGAUAACGUGGGCCUCUCUCAAGACGGAUAUCUCUACAAGUGGCUGGAUAAUAUUCUGGUCUGCCAGGAUCAGCGGGUCCAUCAGCUUGGCUGUGAAGUUGUUAUCCUGCUCCUGGAGCUUAAUGCAGACCAGGUGAAUCUGUUCAACUGGGCGGUGGAUCGCUGCUACACUGGUUCCCACCAGCUGGCCGCAGGCUGCUUCAAAGCCAUCGCGACGGUCUUGGGCAGCAGCAAAAACUACCCAUGUGACAUCGUAACGCUGCUGAAUCUUGUGCUCUUCGAAGCGUCAAGCGCCAGUAGAGAAAUCUACGAGAUCUCCAUGCAGCUAAUGCAGAUUAUUGAAGCUAAAUUGCUCCUGUAUUCCAAGAAGACUGCAGAGUUGAAGGCAAGCAGCAUCCUGUAUGGCACCCAUGGUCCACUCCCCCCUCUUUACAGCGUCUCUCUGCCUCAGCUCUCCAGUCAGCUGGCCAGGAUGUACCCUGAACUCACACUUCCUCUCUUCUCAGAGGUUAGCCAGAGGUUCCCGACCACUCACCCUAACGGGAGGCAGAUCAUGCUGACCUACCUCCUGCCCUGGCUUGGGAACAUUGAGCUAGUAGAUGGUGGCUUGCUUCUUCCGGUUCUCACUCCGUCCAUCCCAAGCUAUGACUCCUGCUGCCAGCUGACCUGCACGGAUUCAUCGCAGCCACUGAAAGGCACUGGUUGGGGAUCCUUGCAGGCCACAUCCAUGGUCCUCAAUAACCUCAUGUUCAUGACAGCCAAGUACGGGGACGAUGUGCCUGGAUCAGAGAUGGAAAACGCCUGGAAUGCUUUAAUCAGUAACGAAAACUGGAGCAACAAUCUGAGAACGGCGCUGCAGUUCCUCAUCAGCCUCUGUGGCGUCAGCAGUGACACAACUCUGCUCCCAUAUACCAAGAAAGUAGUCAUCUAUCUCUGCCGAAACAACACAAUCCAAACCAUGGAGCAGUUGUUGUUUGAGUUACAACAAACAGACCCAGUCAACCCUGUGGUGCAACACUGUGACAGCCCUCCUUUCUACCGCCUCACCGCCACAAGCAAAGCCUCCGCAGCAGCUUCAGGCACCGCCUCAAGCAGCAACACCAUAACAGCAGGUCAGGCUAGCUUUUCUGACACAGACGAGAACAAAAUCAAUGAGGAGAGGGUGAGUCACUUAAUGAGAGCACACAACCGCCUGGAGUCACGAUACAGCAACAGUUCAGGAGGAUCUUACGAUGAAGAUAAAAACGUGAUCAAUUAUAAGACCCUAUCCCGUGACCUCGCAGGUGAACCUGUGGCCCCCUAUGCUGACUGGCUGAUGCUUGUUAUUGAGACCAACAAGCCCCACGCCUUGCCCAUGCCACUGAGUGGAGGUUGUUGGGCUCCGCUGGUGGACUUUUUACCUGAAACCAUCGUUCCCAGAGGACCACUGCACAGGUGUAACAUCGCAGUCAUCUUCAUGACUGAGAUGGUGGUGGACCACAGUGUUAGAGAAGACUGGACCCUUCACCUGCCUUUACUGCUACAUGCUCUAUUUUUGGGUAUGGAUCAUUAUCGCCCAGAGGUGUUCGAGCACAGCAAGCGCCUCCUCCUCCACCUGCUCAUCACACUUCUCUGUGACAACAACUUUCAAGCUAUUGCAUCAAUCUUACUGCAGACACGUGAAAUCUACGUUACCAAGACACUCACCUGCAAACCAAACCCAGAAUAUUCCCCAGCUGGGAGUUUGGACUUCCUGCGGGAAUGUCAGGCGUCUCCCAUACCAGACUCUGGUCUCAGCUCUUCCUCCACGUCAUCCAGUUUGAGUCUGGGGGGCAGCAACAACAACCUGCCGGAGAGCACGCAGGAGUUGGAGGAGUUUGUGGGCUCCGGUAAAACGAAUGAAAAAGUCUACAAGCUCAUUGAGUUUUUAACCACGAGACCACACGGUCCUCUGUGGUGCCAUGAAGACAUUUCACCGAAAAAUCAAAUCUCAAAAAGCACCGAACAGCUGACCAACUUCCUGCGGCACGUCGUGUCUGUGUUUAAAGAGUCCAAGUCAGAUUUCCAUCUGGAGCAGCAGCUCAGCGAGGUGGCGCUGCAGACGGCUUUGUGCAGUUCAUCUCGCCACUACGCCGGCCGCUCCUUCCAGGUGUUUCGAGCUCUCCGCCAGCCGCUCUCUGCCCGUGCCGUGUCCGACCUGCUGUCACGACUGGUGGAAGUCAUUGGAGAACAUGGAGAAGAAGUGCAGGGCUACGUGAUGGAAGUGUUACUGACGCUGGAGUCUGUGGUGGAUAACUUGGCUGAAUGCCUGAAGAACAGUGAUCUCAUGGUCCUUUUGACCAGAGCUUCAUCUCCAGAUUUCCUCACCAGUUUCAAGCAGCAGUCCAACAGGAAGAGCACCAGGCAGCUAAAUCUAGGAAGAGACGAGAAGAGUCGGCAUCACAGGAGCUCUUCGGUCCCCAAAAAAUUUGGAGAAGCCGACAGGUGUUCGGAUCCACCGCGCAGUGCCACCCUGAACCGUAUCCAAGCCUGUGAACAGCAGGCCUUGUUAGCCAAGAUGAGCAGUUCCUCUUCAUCUAAAGACGUCACCGACCCGAUGAGCAUAAACCACCCCAGCAACCUGCUGGCCACCAUUUUCUGGGUGGCCGUGUCGCUGAUGGAGUCGGACUUCGAGUUUGAGUACCAGAUGUCUCUAAGGCUGCUGAACAAGCUGCUAGCUAACGUCUCUCUGGACAAGCCGGAGAACAGAGAGAGGCUGGAGAAGCUGCAGAGUCAGCUGAAAUGGACCAGCUUCUCCGGGCUCCAGCAGCUGCUACUGAAGGGCUUCACCUCCACCUCCACCACGGAGAUCACGCUGCAGCUCUUCUGCCAGCUCACACCCGUGUCACGAGUGCCUGUAGUGGACACGUCACAAGCCAUAGGUUUUCCUUUGAAUGUUCUCUGCCUGCUUCCACAUCUUGUGCAGAACUUCGAUGCACCCACUCCGUUUUGCCGAGAGGUUGCAGAAAAAGUAGCUCAGGUCUGCCUCGAGGAGAAGAAUCCCAAGCUGUCCAACCUCACUCAUGUCAUGACUCUGUAUAAAACACACUCCUACACGCGCGACUGCUUCACCUGGGUCAGCGUGGUGUGUCGGUAUCUCCACGAAGCCUUCUCUGACAUCACUCUGAGUCUGGUCACUUACAUGGCUGAGCUGCUGGAGAAGGGCCUCCCGAGCAUGCAGCAGACACUCUUACAAAUCAUCUACUGCCUCCUGAGUCACAUGGACCUGAGUGGAAUUCAAGCCAAACCCUUCAACGUAGAAGUCCUCAAGACUAUAGAGAAGUUUGUCCAGACCGUCCAUUGGAGGGAGGCUCUGAACAUCCAGAAGCUGGUGGUUUCCCGAUCAGCCAGCUUGGUGCAGCCUUCAGCCGCACACAGUCACCUCUCCUAUGAGGACAUCAGCCGCAUGUGGGACCGCUCCUCCAAGGCCCUGCCUGGGAAAACACUAGACUUCCACUUUGACAUAUCGGAGACGCCAGUGAUUGGUCGCUGUUUUGAUGAUCUACAAUGCUCCUCGGGCCAUGACGCAAAAAGCAUCACGACAGCGGUGACGCGUAGCACAUCCUCCACCUCCUCUGGCUCCACCUCUAACAACGUCCUGGUACCAGUCAGCUGGAAGAGGCCCCAGUCCUCACAGAAAAGAACGCGGGAGAAGCUGGUCCAUGUCCUGUCUCUGUGUGGACAGGAAGUAGGUCUCACAAAAAAUCCUUCGGUUAUUUUCUCCAGUUGUGGAGAACUGGACCUCAUGGAGCACCAGCCCAGCCUGGUGUCCUCUGACGAUGGGACGCGGGAACUGGAAAACACGGACGAUUCCACCUCAGAGCAACAGUUCCGGGUUUUCAGAGACUUCGACUUUCUUGAUGUUGAGCUUGAAGACGGCGAGGGAGAGACUAUGGACAACUUUAACUGGGGUGUGCGCCGACACUCUGUGGACAGUUUGGACCAAAGUGACCUGCAGCCUCUGGAGGGCAGCCAGCUGUCCAGCAGCAUGACGAGUCUCAGCAAGAUUACCCGCGAAGACUCAGACGAGUUGUCUGAGGAGGAUUCCCUCACCGUCAGCCAGAUACUCUCCCACUCCCAGCUCAGCAUCAGCCUUUCUCCAACAGCAGAGAUCGGCAGCAUGGACGCCUCCUCUGCCCUUUUUGAUAGAACUUCAGCAGACUCCACCCCUCUGAGCACCAGUAAUCCCAGUUUCGAGGCCCAGGUGUCAGAGGACUCGCAGCAGCAGAAUGAGUCAUCAAAAGAAGAUGAAGACAUCAGUGUCCCCGAGGUGGACAUCCCUCUCUCCAUCAGUGAACUACUUGACUGUCAGUGUGAGGACAGUUUGACAGUGGACCCAGCUUACAGUGAUGACAGCUGCGUACCCAGUCUUGCUGAAGAGAGCAGAGAGGACAUGCUGGAGUCUCGCUCCUCGCCUCCACCGUCUCCCUUCUUCUCUGCCAUCCUGGCAGCUUUCCAACCGGCGGCGUGCGAUGACGCGGAGGAGGCCUGGCGGACUCACGUCAACCAGCUGGUGUCAGACUCAGACGGGUCCUGUGCAGUCUACACGUUUCAAGUCUUCUCGUCCCUUUUUCAGAUAAUCCAGACUAAAUUUUGCUCCUUGAACUGUGAUGCUGUGAGCUAUCUGGGCGAUGGCUUGAGAGGAUUAGGGCUGAAGUUUCUGAGGUCGUCUGAGAUGCUGUCGUCCUGCUCCGAGUGUCCGACUCUGUUUAUUGAUGCUGACACUAUCGUGUCUUGCGGCCUCCUGGAAAAAAUUAAAUUCAGCGUUUUGGAGCUUCAAGAGUACCUGGACACCUAUAACAACAGGAAGGAGGCAGCUCUCACUUGGUUGAACAGCUGUGAGGCCACCUUCCCUCCUGGAGGCUCGGUGAUCACAUGCCAGCCGAUGGAGGACGAGGAAAAGCAAAUGGAAUAUCUGGCUCAACUGGAGCUCUGUCGCAGACUCUACAAACUCCACUUUCAGUUGCUGCUGCUCUUCCAGUCCUACUGUAAGCUGAUCGAACAGGUCCACACGAUCAGCUCUUUUCCCGAGCUUACAAUUAUGUCAGGAGAACUAAACGAACUGAGGAGCAGCCUGAGAGUAGCGGCGGCCUUGGUGACGAAUGAUGACCCUUCUGCCUGUGAGGGCUCCCGUUCUGAGACCAUCAUGAGCUCCUCUGAGGCUGCAGUUCAGGCCAUCCUGGAGGCUUUAAGGAACAAUGAGUACCUGGCAGCCAUUCACUACAUUCGUGAAUGCAGAACAAUAUGGCCAAAAGACAUCUUUGGCAGCCCCUUGGAGGACGAGAUUCAAACGUUGCUGAACAUUUACUUCAGACAUCAAACGCUGGGUCAAACGGGAACGUUUGCUUUGGUGGGCUCAAAGCAGGACCUGACAGAAAUUUCUGUCAAGCUGAUGGAACUGAACGGAGAGACCCGGGAGAUGAUCCGACGGGCGCAGGGUUACAAAACAGUUACAGCCUUUCUCCCUGACGCAAAGGUUUCAGGCUCAACUCUCUGAUGGCGCUCUAGCUUCCCGUCACACUUGGAACUUUACUUCCUGUUUGAGGCAGCUGCUGUCCUUUCAGUUAACGAAAACUCGUCCGUCACAGAACAUCUGAACGUCAGAUCUUUUUAGAGUUCAUUUAGCUGUUGUAUCAAAGCUAACCUCUUCUUGCACUAAUAAAGUAAACCCACAAAAGUUUCCCCUUUUACAAAAGUCUGUACCAAAGCUAAGUAGAUCUCUAAGUUGUUUUGUUUUAUUUGUCAAGGGAAAAUGUGCAAUCUGUACCCAAAUGGAAGACGUUUGUCUGUCUCCUGAAAGAAUGUAUUUAUGUGUCAGCAUUGGAAACACUGUUAGCAGAGGAAAAACGAGGUGUCAUCAUUUGGUUGUAGUCGUGUGUAUUUGCAGGUCUUAUUCUGUGCAUGAGUGUGUGAGUGAAUUGGCUGUUAGAUUUGUACGAGUGGUUCAUCUUUCACUUACUAGUACUACUGUAAAGUCAAACCUACAUGCUACCUUCUGGGUCCCGUCUAACUUAAAACAUCUCACUGUAUCGUUUAGGUAGCUUUUUGCAUAUAAAUAUUUAUAUUCUAAGCAAAUAAAACUAUUUUUCUCUGAGUGGAUUUAUAAAAAUAUGGAUCUGGAUCUAUAUGAAUAUCUGUUUCUAACAAGCUUGCAAAUUAAAUGUACUAUAAAAUAGAUGGAAAUGUCUAUGAACAAAUAUAGAUUAUUUUAACAGAUCUGCUGUAAAUAGUGAAUCGAAGGCUUUGCUCACACUCAUAAGAUCGUAUUUUUGUGAAGUUAAAUUUUAUGUUGCAUCCAGAAUUUGUAUUUACGUACUUCCACACGCGCCGUUGUACCUUCAGGCCUUGUACAUACUUCAGUGUACUGUUUUUAGGUGUAAUACUAAAACCUACAUUGGGUGACUGAAGGUUUGUCUUGUCAUUUGCAUCAAUAAAAAUAAUUCUGUUCCACAUAAACGUUAUUGAAGUUUGCUGCCAAAAGCAGCGGCAUGAGCCGAAAGAUGAUAAAUAUUUGAAGAAGCCUUUUCCACGGACUUAUAACUGUUGUAUAUCAUUUUCACGUACUUGAUGUUCUUGUGCAGUACACCAGCCUGAUAAAAACAGUUAAAUGA